GUCUCCUGCUCGUGCUUCUUCCUGCGAGGAAGUAUCAUGCCGUGGCUACCGCAAAGAUGGAUUUUUGGUCUCGGAUUAUAGGCGGCUCCCGCUCGUUGUCGAAGAGCCCUCGAGCUACCUCCCCCACAGAGCGAUUGACGACAUUUAAGCGGACAUGUAACACACUACAGCAAAUAUGGCGCUCUAGCAAUUCAACAGCCGCCGAGCAAGCGGCCAUCGUACACGCGCGUCAUUGCAUUGAACGCUUGAAUUCCGUCCUGAGCGAUGAAUCUCGUGGCCCUGCUCCUCACCCGUGUCUCGCCUAUGCCGCAUCCUCUCAAAUUUUUGUUACCGUGACAAAGCUUGCUCUUUCAUCCUACGAUGAGGCCAUGCUCCGCUCCGCAACGGUCCUCUUCAACACUCUUAUUGAUUCUGAAGUUGACGGGGUGGUCGAUAACAGGCUUUUUGCACGCGCACUGGUGGACCUCGUUCGUCGUGCGGAUAAAAAAUCGGCAGAUAUUGAAGGAAGGUUAGUGGAGCUGCUGUUUGGCGUUGCGAACAAUAUCCGUCUCCAACCUAAUAUUCUCCCUGCCUGGUUUGCUCCCCGGACGGACGAUGAGGAGCAAAGUACUGGUAGCGUCGAGUUUGCGGGCACGAUGAGGACGGAUGACUUCCCGCUGUUCUACCUAUUGGUGGAAUGGGUGCAUCAUGCGGGGAGAGCGGGCGAUUUCGCGAGAACCGGGCUGCUUUACCUGAUAGAGACGGCGUCGCGGUCAAAAGAUUUAGAGCGGUGGCUGAUCGAGAGUGAUCUGGCGACUUUGAUGGCCACCGGGCUAGGUGCUUUGUACAGCCAGUUGGGCAGUUUAGGUUCUUGUCUGGAUGUGGAGCCCGUGGUACCGCAUGUCAUUUCACAUUCAGACCAUGCGCAGCAGGAGACAGCGCUGCCGCCCGCGCUUGGCUCAUCAAUGGAUUCUUUUAUGGCCUACCUCUUGUUCUGGCAAGACACUAUCGAUCACUGCAAAUCAGCCGAAGUAGUUGCCACCUUAUUAGACCACUUUCAAGUCUUAUUCCUUGAACAAUUGCUAUACCCUUCACUGCUAGAGUCGUCUGAUGUUGAGGGCGGUUCAACAGCUGCAGUCCUCACUUAUCUCUAUCGUAUUCUCGCUUCAGUUGAUCAGGAAGACCUGGUCCAGAGGAUUCUACAUUUCCUCCUCGCGUCACCUUCUGGCGUAGAUGUACAAGCACCCGAGAAGAAAAAGGACAUGUCCGCUAGUCGGCGCAAGUCUCUAGAUGUCCUUGCUGCCUUUUCGCAGGAAGCAGCUCGACCGUCACCAACCCUAUUCAACUUGAGAGAUCUGGUCCUUCUUGGACUUCAAUCGCCCAACCGACAGACUGUUCUAGCCACAUUGCGGCUGCUCACCGUAAUUCUACAACGAUAUUCCUCGUUCUCGAUUUUCUUGAUUCGGACUAAUCCUACACAGCCCGCCAAACAACGGACGGUCGGGGCAUUGAACGCGGAAGUAGGGCACCUACUGACAAUGGCCACUUCUAUCAUGGAAGAGCCAACGUUAGACCAGUCAUUCGAUAAUUAUCUCAAGGACGCGUCGUGGAUUCUUGAGUCCCGGCUGGCCACUCCCCCACCGGACAAUUGUUCGGAAACUCUUCCAUGUGAAAUUCGCCAAGAAGAUCCAAUUGUUCGCGAGCUGCUGGGCUGUCUAGAGACAUUUUUCACUAACACCGUGAUCGUGAAUCUGGCUUUGACGGAAGUUUUGAUGAGCAUUGCGUCCUCGCACCUGAUGGCGCUUGACGGGUGGUUACUUGUCGAUCCUGCAAAGUACCACUAUGUGCAGUCCGAUGGCGGUUCAAGUAAUGAUAAGUCAGAGGAUAUACUCGACCAGGUUCAUAGGAUGUAUCAGGAACCCACCUGGUCGCCCGCCGACACACCAGCGCUUACGGCCGCCCUACGCAGGCUUGUCGACAAAGUCCAGGAAUGGCGAAAGCAGGUCGAAGAUUUUGAUAUCUUGAUAGCCGCACGCCGAGACCUGCUGCACGAAGACGACGUACGUACCAACCAGGCAGAACAAAAUCUCGGAACUCCUGCUCCUCGCAGUACGGAACGAUACUCGUCAAACACACCGAGAACGCCGCCGCUGGGUUUUGACCAAGGGACACCACGUGGCAGACGCGACCUGCGGAACCUGACAUCGCCACAGCGCAGCAUCGUCGGGUCGCCUUUAAGAGAGGUUACGGUAAACAAAACCCACUCGCCUCCUCCCCGCGACGCUUCUGAGGCUCGUUCUGCGGCGGAAGAGCUGCGCAAGCGCCUAGCGGCACCGUUCUUGCCAGAAAGCAAAGUUAGUACAUUCAACGACCGCACCGACAACAGUGCGCAAGAGCCAUCUCCAGCAGAUCAAGAGGUAGCGGUCACGGACGAAGAGGAGCGGAAACCGAAAGCUGAGACCGCAAGUCUCGGCCACGUCCUGACCAACGUUGUGAUCCUGUACGAGUUUCUCCUGGAGAUCUCGGCAGCCGUACAGGCACGCGGCGCUAUAUUCGAGGAAGCGGGCUUCCACGGUGUAGGCUCGUCUCUGCCAGUUGACGAUUCCUGA